AAAAUUGACCCGCCCAUUUGCCAAAAUCCAAACUGGAAGUGAACCGGAGGGGAGGGGAGAGGAGAGGAAAGGAGACGAUUCCAACGUAAAAGGGCCAGAGCUGGCAGAGAUUCCAACUCCCCAACACGAUAGAUAGUGAAGAAUAGAAAUGAACAGCAACGGCAACGGCAGGAGGCGGAGAAGAGAAGCGGUGGCGGUGGAGGAUGGGGAAAGGGGUUUGAUAUGGAAACUCCCGCAGCUUAAACUCAAGGAUGUGGGCAAGGUUGGUCCUGCUUUUGGACUCGGCGCUGGCUGUGGUCUCGGCUUCGGCCUCGGCCUCAUUGGAGGUGCGGGCUUUGGUCCUGGAAUUCCUGGCUUGCAAGUUGGUUUUGGUUUUGGUGCUGGAUGUGGGAUUGGUUUAGGAUUUGGCUAUGGUGUUGGGAGGGGCAUCGCUUAUGGUGAGCACCGUACAUAUUCUAAUGUCGGAAAGCUGUUUGGCCACCAGCAUCUUCCUGCACAGGAUGAAAUUGGUGCUCUUAUUGAUGAGCUUGUGAUCAAUACCAAGAAGCUAGCCAUAGCAGCUUCAAGGGAAAUGGACAAGUGGAGAAGAUGAAUUGAAGUUGUCUUUGAUGUAUGAUGUCAGUGAUUAAAAGGACUCAUGUUGGUUGCAUAAAAACGUGGAUGGAUGAAAUUCACCAUCUCACCUGCUAGCACAGUUAUACACCAUUUUUGUAUAUAUAAGGUUUAAUGUUCCCUGUAUAUGUGUAUGUGUAUUUGGGUACAAAAGUAAAAAAUGUAUUUACUUCCCAUAUUUGUAAACAAUUUAAUAUUUAUUUUGGGUACAUAGAGGACUAUUGGGUCUUUGAGUUACAUUAAAAAAAUAAUAGUGAUAAUAAUUUCAUGUAAAUGCAUGUUAGAAGGUGUUAAUUCUACUGGUUUAGUGAAGUGGGUUUGAAUGCCCUUGAGUCAA